CCUAUCUGUAUACCCUGUUUAUCGCGGUCGCCAUUGUUUCGUCCCCGAAACAAGUAAAUUACGAAUAAGGAAACAAAUCAAAAACCAAUAAAUAUUACAUAUAAGUUAUUUAUACGUUUUAAAUAUCCCGCAUAUAUUAUCUAAUUUUAAAUACAAUUUGUUAUAUUCUUCAUUAUUUGAAACGCAACGUGCGUUAAAGUGGAAAUUUUCCUCAAUAUUAAACGUGGAAAUUUUGUAAACAUGCCUAAACGUGGAGGAAGGAUUAGAAAUUGGAAACCUAAUGAUCACUUUGAACAUGAUGACCGUAUUCAAAGUAAUAACACAAGGCGUGUUAGUUUUAAGCCCGGAACAAACAAAGGCAAAAAUAAAUUCCAUUCAUGGAAUAACGCAUCGCAUCUAUUGUUGGAUGGUGACAUUGACAUGGGUGCAACUGCAGGCCAAGGUCCAAACAGAAAAGGUUUUCGAGGCAGAGGGCGACUCAGUUCCCCUGCACCGAGGCCAGCCUCAAAGAAAAAGUUUUUACCUGGGCUGUUACCUUGGUAUCAAAUAAUAAUACCAUAUGGAGCAAAACAUGAUAAAGAUGUGGUCUUACGAUCAUUAUUGGGCUUUAUCUCACCGGAAGUCUUCAUUCCUCAUUACUACAAAAUAAAUGGAAAUGCAGCAGUGUUCUACGUUGAUGAUGUCAAAAUAGCAGAGAAACUAUUUUAUGCAGAUAGAAAAAUAGCGAUGUCAGAUGGAUUCAAGCUUGUUGUAAUUGUGAGAAAUUCAGUACCAAAUGUCAAUGUUGAUGCCACUAUGAAGGAGAAAAUGAAGCUUGCAAUGGCAAAAAGAUAUAAUCCUGCAACUAAAGCUUUAGACUUGACAAAAUUCCAUUCUGAUCCAGAUUUGAGUGAUAUAUUCUGUGCACUGUUCCGUCCAGUAAUCAUGUUAGCUGCAAUUGACAUUAUGGCAGAAAACAUUCCUGAUUUGGAAGCUUUAAACUUGAAUGACAAUAAGCUUCAUGGUAUUGAACACAUGAAGAUUAUGUGCACAAAGAUAAAAAAUCUGAAAAUUUUAUACCUGGGUGACAACAGGAUACCAUUCCUAGGUUCCAUAGACCCUCUGAAGCCACUUCCGCUCGUAGAGUUAUACCUUAAAGGAAAUCCUCUGGUGAACAGGUUCAAUGACCAUGAUAUUUAUGUCAGCGACGUCCGGAAGAAAUUUCCAAAACUGAUGAGAUUGGACGGCGUGGAUCUACCUCCAGCGAUCGGCUUCGACGUGUCAGAAGACGUGACGCUUCCACCCAGCCAGCAAUCGUUCCUAAUAGACCCCGCUGGCCAAGACCUGGUCAGAGAGUUCCUAACACAGUAUUUUGCUAUAUUCGACUCGGAUUCAAGGCAACCUCUAUUGGAAGCCUACCAUGAGACAGCUAUGAUGUCUAUGGCAGCAAACUAUCUCAGCAAUGAUAACAGAAAUGCACCAACUAACAGAUUGAACGCUUACAUAUCAAACAGUCGAAAUUUGAUAAGGAUAACGGAGAGAGAAUCAAGAAGGAGAUAUUUACGGACGGGCAGAUUGCAAGUUGUCUCGUUUCUCUCAGAUCUGCCAAAAACUAAACAUGAUUUAAUGAGUUUUGCAGUGGACUUGCUCGUUUUUACGCCAGCAAUGAUAGUUCUAACAAUGAAUGGAGUGUAUAAAGAGAUAACUGUAGCCGGCACCCCUUCACGGUCCUUCCACCGUACAUUCGUCAUAGUGCCCAACAGCGCAGGAGGGUUUUCUAUCACAAAUGACAUGCUCUUCAUCUCUAACACUACAAGGGAACAGGAGGAAUCGAGUUCGUUGUCGUCGGGUGCGGGCGCGCCGGGCCCGUCCGCCGCCCCCGCGCCCGCCCCUGCUCCCGCCCCCGCGCCCGCGCAUGACGACACCCAGCGCGCCAUACUGGCCACACUGAGCCAGCACACCGGUAUGAACGAGCACUGGAGCAUCAAUUGUUUACAAGAAACUGGUUGGGAUUAUCAGCGAGCAUUGUUCAUCUUUAACCAAUUACAAUCAGAAGGCAAGAUCCCACCAGAAGCCUUUGUGAAGUGAACAAAAUUUCUCAUAUCUGGGCUGUGCCUUUGUUAAAAACAUUUUUAAAUUCAAUCUAAGUAAGAAGAUACCAUUGAGAAAACAGAAGAGGAACAGCAUGUAUAGAACUAAAAUUGUUAUUUUAAAAAAAAGAUUUAAAACCGCCAAAAAAAGAAUUGGCUGGUGAAUUUAAUAAAAAAAAAUAUAUAUAAUAAUAUUUCUGAAAUUAAAAUCUUAAAAAUUUUGGUAUGAGUGUAGUAUUUUGAGUAAAUUAAAAAAUCAAUAUUAAAAUAGCUAAUAUUAAUGUAUACAAUUUAUCUUUUGUUUUGAUUUUUGGUUUAAAAUAAUUGUGAAAUGUUAAAAAGGAAUAUGUAGUUGUGUGCGUUAUGUUAUUAUUUCUACCACUCACACUGUCAAAUUGUAAAUAUAUAAUAGAAUUAUAAAACAUUAGAAGGUUCAAAUUGUAUAAUUUUACUUUAUAAUGUGAUUCUAAUUAUUUUAACUUUGUUUAAACAUUUACAUGAACUUGUGAGAGUAGGGUUUGAUAAUCUUAAAGCAAAUGCCCUAAUCAAACCCUGCUUCUUAAUUUUUAAUUAUUUAUUAUUGUCAUAUUCUACACUCAUAUUAAAUUGCAAAAUUGUAUUGUAAUGACUGCAACUACAUGCUAUGAAUAGAAAUGAGAAUUAAUAUGUUUUUGCAGUUAACACUUAUAAUUUUUUGUUUGUAUAUAUAUGAUAUAUGUAUGGAUGUCUGAACUUAAUCAAUUUCUCUUGGACGAAUGUAACUUAAAAUGCAGACUGCAGUGUGUAAAUUAUAUAUUUUAUGUAUUGUAAGCACUGUGGUCAAUUAAAUUUGAAUAUAGUUAUAUAAUUGUUGUUAAAGCUUAAGAAAUAAAAUGAUUUGAUAAAUAUUUUACAAAUUGUAAAAAUAUCAGUUAAGAGAACAUUUUGUAGUAGAUAAAAGAAACGUUAUUUUUUUUUUAAUGUAUUACUUUAUAGUACCGUGUGUACCGUUAAAUUCAUACUUCUCAAAAUGUGUUAUUUUUUUUCGAUUUGACAAAGAGAAAUGUAUACCUCUAAUUUCGUUUUAGAAAUAAAAAUAGAUUAAGUCAAUCAUUGGUUCGUUCUGGGAUCUGGGUUUAAAAGGCGCAGGUCGUUAAAAGAGCGUUACUCCUAAAAUGGCCGGUUUCGUGGUAUCCGUUGACAUAUUUUUGACACUUGGUUGCUUAACCUCAUGGUAUAUUUAUGGCGUGAGUGGAACUCGCCUCGUAAUAGACGGCGGAUCCCCUAGGAAAGUUCCUUGUGGGCUAGCCGUCUUGUGAUCGAUAGUAUCAUGGUGUCGUCACGGUGCUUUACUACUUGGCCGUGGCUGAAGGAUGGCUCACUCCUGCACCUUAUCGGGGUUGUGUUUAGGGAUGACUUAGAUAAUUUCCUAUUAUGAUUACGAGUUAAGAAAAUAAAGUUUUAUUUUUAAA